UUUCAGAAGGAAACGGAGCAUUUAUCAUUUUGUGAGCAUUUAUCAUUUGAUCACCGCAUGGGAGAAGCAAAGAAGAGAGCUGUGUGAAGUGCAGAUGCUGGGCAAACAGCUGGGCCCACUCACUGUCCAGAGAGCCAGCUGCUCCCCGGGAACAAUUUCACCAACGAGUGCAACAUUCCGGGCAACUUCAUGUGCAGCAACGGCCGGUGCAUCCCGGGCGCCUGGCAGUGCGACGGGCUGCCCGACUGCUUCGACAAGAGCGACGAGAAGGAGUGUCCCAAGGUCAAGUCGAAAUGCGGCCCGACCUUCUUCCCCUGUGCCAGCGGCAUCCACUGCAUCAUCGGCCGCUUCCGGUGUAACGGGUUCGAGGACUGUCCCGACGGCAGCGACGAAGAGAACUGCACAGCAAACCCUCUGCUUUGCUCCACCGCCCGCUACCACUGUAAGAACGGGCUCUGCAUCGACAAGAGCUUCAUCUGCGACGGGCAGAACAACUGCCAGGACAACAGCGACGAGGAAAGCUGCGAGAGCUCGCAAGGCCCAGAACUGUUCGUGCCGCUUCUGCCGACCCACCACUCCCUGACAGGGACGCCGCCUGCAUCAGCUCUGAGCCUCACAGCGACUCUGCAAGAACCGGGCAGCGGGCAGGUGUUUGUGACGUCGGAGAACCAGCUGGUGUACUACCCCAGCAUCACCUACGCCAUCAUCGGCAGCUCCGUCAUCUUCGUGCUGGUGGUGGCCCUGCUGGCGCUGGUCCUGCACCACCAGCGCAAGCGGAACAACCUCAUGACGCUGCCGGUGCACCGGCUGCAGCACCCCGUGCUGCUGUCCCGCCUCGUGGUGCUGGACCACCCGCACCACUGCAACGUCACCUACAACGUCAACAACGGCAUCCAGUACGUGGCCAGCCAGGCCGAGCAGAACGCCUCGGAAGUGGGCUCCCCGCCCUCCUACUCGGAGGCCCUGCUGGACCAGAGACCCGCGUGGUAUGACCUCCCUCCGCCACCCUACUCUUCCGACACCGAGUCACUGAACCAGGCCGACCUGCCACCUUACCGCUCCCGGUCGGGGAGUGCCGACAGCGCCAGCUCCCGGGCAGCCAGCAGCGUCCUGAGCGUGGAAGACACAGCCUCCAGCCCGGGGCAGCCCGACCCUCCGGAGGGCACCACCGAGCCCAGGGACUCUGUGCCCAGCCAGGGCACCGAAGAAGUGUAAAAUCCAGCUAUUCCAAAGUCCACACGGGUUCAUCCGCUCUGACUUGUUACCAUCCUAACAACCUGCCCUCAGGGGGAGCCGGGGUGCCUCAGGGACUGAUCUGGGGUGUCAGCUGUCUCUCCAUUCCCCUCCUGCCCCAGAUUUCAAGGAGGUCCUCUGGUGGGUGGCCUGUCGUUUUCCUGGCCCCUCCAUUGGCACGAUGUGUGUGGACGUCUGUCCUGGGAGGUGAUUCUUCUACUCGGCCCAGGGUCACACUCACUCUCCACGUCAUUCUUCUGUUACGCUGUCACCUGGCCGAGGAGGGGACAGGAUCACGCGGGUUUAGGGAACGCCUGAGCAGUUUCUGUGACGUGUCGGACGUGCAGAAGGGCAGGCACCGGGCCACAUGCCCUGUGGGCUGCCGUCUGAUAGCUGUUUGGGGGUCCGGGUGCCUUUCUCCCUCGGUUAGGGUCUCUGUGUUCCUGCUAGCUGUCCUCUGUCUCUGUGCCCCGCCAGCCACAGGGCCCACCCACCAGGAGGCCGCCAUGGGAUGGCCGCCCUGCAGGGAGGCCAGGCGAGCACCCAGCCUCGCACUGUCCUACGCAUUCCCCUCCGUUCAGCGGAGGCAGCGGCCAGAGAACACGUUUGACACGAGGUACGCCCUUCGGUAAUCGGCCGUGUCACCUAGAGGUUGUGAAUGACCCUGAACCUGCCCUCUCUGGAGAGAUUCUGGCUUUAACAUUUUGCCUGAGAAUCCCCGUUUGGAGAGCUUGUCUGGCCGCAUGAAUCGUCAGCCUCAUCCCAGAACAGGCAGGAAGUCCCCACUGGGAGUUUCCCCGGGUUCUCAGCUCCAGAGAGGCAGGCUGCUAGGUUGCAUUGGUGGUAUAGUGGUGAGCAUAGCUGCCUUCCAGAGAGGCAGGCUGCGAGAGCGAGGCCUGCUGUGUCCACGGCCCCUUCCCUGGCUCCUGGAUCGGCAGCCUCCCAGCUGUGACCUGCCUGUGGCCCCACGAUGUGCACCCCGCUGGAGUGACCCUUGGUGCCUGUGAACCACACCCAGCUGGCCGCCCUUCCUGCAGCUUCGACACUAGCCCCCCAAGUUCCCUUAACACUCAGCAGUCACCUUACCUGUGUAUUUGGACUUGACCCUGCGGUUUCUAACCCUGUGAGAACCAUAUUCAGUACCUCCCCCCACCCUCCCACCCCCAGCUCCCAGAUCCCUGCGCUGCACACCCUCCCUGCCCCCAGGCCCUGGCCGAUGUAGGUAGGGUCAGGGUUACAGUUAGAGUUGGGUCCCUUCAAACAUCCCAUCGUUUCUCCCCUGAGAGACACGGACAGUGGACAAUUUGGAGUCAAGAUUUGCCAUUCGGACUUUUUUUUUUUUUUUUUAAUCUUUUAGAAAUGCAUUUGAAACAGUGUGUUUGGGGUUUUUUUUCCCUUCUAGUUAAGGGACUAUUUAUAUGUGUAUAGGACAGCUGUCUUUUUUGUUGUUGUGUUUUCUUUAGUGAGGUCCAAAGAAAGAUGCAGACGGGGGUCAGGCCUGUGUCCCGCUGAUCCCCCGAUACAAGUCACUCCAGACGGGCCCGUGUGCCAGGCGCUUGUGCACUGCAGCGCUUGGAAUUGUCAUUUAUGGAGUCCUCGAAGGAUGCUGGACGAGGGCUGCCUUUCUCCCUCCGUUCCGGUCUCUGUGUUCCUGCUAGCUGUCCUCUCGCUCUGUGCCCCGCCACAGGGCCCACCCCCUGGGGAAGUAAUGGGUAGAAGCCUAGGCCUUACUUGGCAAGAUGCUGAUGGGAUAAAACUGGAACCAGGCGGAGUCACGCUGGGCAGCUCCCAUCCACUCAGGGCCUCUUUCCACAGCCCAGGACGCUUUCGGCCGCCUCUCUGAUGCUCACUCACAAGGAGCCUGCGGCGGGGGGAGGAAGGGGCAUCCGAUGAUCCUUGUCCUGCAGACUUCUUUUCUUAACCAAAUCCAGAGGAUGUUACAGAAAAGCUAACCACGUGGCGGUUUUUUUUCUUUUUUUAAGGAAAGGAAAGGAACCCAGUUGCUUGCAUCUUUUAUUUUUAAAAUAACACUUUAUUUCCCGAGUAAUCCCAUAAAGCAAGGACUUGGGAUGGUGGCCAGCGUGUGUUGGGACUCGGGCUGAACGGUGCCUCUCCUGCGGGUGAGAAUGGCUGUAUUUCUCCCUCUGAUGGGCCCCUGCUUCUGCCUGGUGCUCGGGAAGUGGCUCAGAGCAAAGGAUUUUAAUUUUAAUUAAUUUGCAGUGAACUAAUCUCCUGUACAAUUCUGCUUCCAGGCAUUUUAGGGGAACAAAUGCUGUUAGUAGAUAAGGGGAGCUUAUUAAAUGUUUUUUAAAAAACAAACAAAAAAAAAACCACAGGGACAUUUUUAUUAUAGAUUUGUGGUUGUUGUUUUUUUUUAAUGAAUGUUUUUAAAAAUAUGUAAAUAGGACACCAAAGCUGCAGGGGUUUUAGGGUUUUCCCCCCUCAAGAUAACAAAACAAGUGGCCCGCGAUAUUUUUUAACUCAUUCCGAUCAGGAUAUUUUUUUAGACGUUGCCUAAAUCGAUGCCAACUGGAGAACCAUCUCUGCUCUCUUUUCUCAAAUGCGAUCAAUGAGUCCUUUUUUAUUUUCGCAUUAAAAUACUUUCACUGUGAUAGCUAGCUUACCACCGGACUCCGCUCCCUCUAAUUUGACAUCGACAAUUUUUAAAAAUGCAACUAAGUGGUUAAUAGUGUGUGAUGUUUAAAGUUGAUGUAAACUGGAAGGGUUGUGUGCAGUUGUACUCCUUUUUUUUGACUAGGGUUGUGUGUUGUUGUUUUUUUUAAUUUUAUACUUUUCAAAUAAACAUGCAGUUUCAUUCUUUC